GUUGGAUAAUGAUUUUGUAACCCAUAUUAGCGGAACAUACGGGAGACACCGAGGGGAGACAUGCAUCACUACAUUGAAGAUACAUACCCAUUUACACCCAGAGGGGUAUGCACAAUGUGGUAAGUUCAAGGAGGCCAGCGAAGUAACACCUUUCUCAUCUCCACUUCCAAUGGAUGAUUCUAUUGUCGGAUAAAUUUUUGGGUUCUAUUGGAAUAUUUGCAUUGGGCAAUAAGACCACAAAAAGUGAGCUAUGUGGUGACGUUGACAGUAAAGUAAACUGGUACAUGAAGCUUAAGAAAGAUGAACAUAUUUCCAAACUAACGAUCAAAUCUGGAUUUGUUGUUGAUGGAUUUGUGUUCGAAGUAAAAAACAAAACCACUGGAAACAGCUACAGCCAAAAGUUUAGUGGUCCCGGAGAGAACGAAGACUUGAUUACACUAGAAGACGACGAAGUGAUAACACAAAUAGACGGGGUUUACGGAGAUUACAAUAAGGAGGGGAUCAAAAUUGCCUUGAUAAAGAUCUAUACCAAUUUACAUCCGGAGGGAAUGGAAUAUGGUAAUCUAGAUGAUGUCACAAAUACUGAGAAUUUCUCAUAUACAGUGCCAUCAAUGAAUAGUUCUAUUGUUGGGUUUUAUGGAUCCUAUGGAUUGUUACUUAAUUCAUUUGGAAUUAUUGAUGAGACCAAAGAGUUUCACAAGUAUGGGCCAUAUGGACGUCCUACUUUUGCAUAAUGCUGAUGAUGCAUUGAUGCUUAUGCUCUGCGAUUGGAAUUUGGACGACCCGUUUCUUCGUUAUCUACGUGUGCCUGAUGCGGACUCCCGACUACAUGAAAAGAGUCAUCUUUUAAUUUUUAAUACUGUAUUUUCAUUCCCUUCUACUACCUCCGUAAACAGUUAUUUACAACGAUGGGACAUCUUUCCUCUCUACUUUAUGUCCCAUCGUUGCAAAUAACCGUUUACGGAGGUAGUAUUUUCCUAUGCGUGUUUUUUAUUUGCACUAAGACUUUUUUUUUUGUAAAAAAAAGAGAAUAAUUCCAGCCCAAUGUACGUUGUGUUGUCCUUUGUAUUUCCUUUUUGUUGACUCUUAAAGUCUUAAGUACUCCGUGUCUAUGAAGUUUUCUUUU